CUCUACUUCCGGGUUUUUACGGCUUGUUUUUGUAGCUCUUUGAGCCUCGCUCUGCUUUGUGGUGUCGUUUUCACAGCUCAGACCAUUUCAUUUGGAUUAAAAAAAAAAUAAUAAUAAUAAUCUAAAGCAAUUCUUUGCUCACACGGUAACCGCAUGCCCCGUUUACCGGACCUCUGGGAUGUUUAAAUGGAAAACAAUAGCGUAGAGGGCUGGUUUAGUUAAUGUAGCUCUGCCUCUACGUUACAGUGACGUCAAAGAAGCUCACGUCUCAGCUAAAUAACAGGAUGUCUAAACUAGAGCGUCUGAACGCCCGCGUGGCCAAACUACUGACCGAAGCCGUGCAGGAGGUCCUGGAGGUGGUGAAGGAGACGGUGUCGGAGUACCAGGAGAAAACGGCGCGAGCGCAGAGGGAGAACGAGAGCCUGAAGAGGAGACUGCAGGAGCUGCAGGACAGGAUACCCAAAGAAAGCUUGCCUGCCCCACCUACGAGUGAGUCGCUGCCUGAAGAAGAAGAAGAAGAGGACACGAAGCGCUCGGAGGUCACCCUCUUACAGCAGAACCUGAAGCAGACGUCUAAAGAUCAGGAGAGCCGUGGGAAUUCUCGGCUGCAAACGUCGACAGAGCACCGUGAAUCGCAACCAGAGGAGGUGACACAUGUUGCUGAGGAGGCAGUGGCUUCCAACACGUCACACAAUGCGCGCAAGGACACCGGUGCAGUCUCAACAAGUAACUCUUACACCCGGUUCGGGGUUCACCUGGAUGCAAUCAAGAAAGAAUCGGACCCAACAGACUGUGCAACAUCAGAGCAGCCGCCUACUCAAGAACAGUACGCUGGAUGUGUGGAUUUAAGCUGCAACUCCUCUCGGCACCCUUCCUCUGAGACCCAGGAGCCUUACGGGCUCGUCUUCGUGCACUCGAACCACAGGAGGCACGGGUUCGCGAAGGCCAGCAGGGCCGCUUUCGACGGGAGGCAAAUCAGGAUGGAGCACCUCGGGAGGGACGACGUGCACCUGUGCGUCGUGUGCGGGAAAACGUUCAGCCGGGUCGGGAACCUGAGAAUCCACCAGCGCUGCCACACUGGGGAGAAGCCGUACGGCUGCAUACAGUGCGGGAGGCGCUUCAGUCAGGCGGGCGACCUGAAAAAACACAAGAGGGUGCACACGGGGGAGAAACCGUACUACUGCAACCAGUGCGGCAAGAGCUUCAGCCGCGGGGAGAACCUCAAAAGGCACCAGAGGAUCCACAUCGGAGAGACGCUGCAUUUACAGCAAGCGUGGGGGGAGCAACAGCCGUGACUUCCGUCGUGAAUUAAAUCAGUGGAAUCAGCACAGAAAGUUACAUAAUCUGUCAUUCAUGGUUUUCUGCCUUUAGCUCAAGAGUGUUAAAAAUGGCUCAUUGGAAAAUGUUAGAAGGAUUGCGUUGUUAAAUAAUUUGGCAGUAUUCACCAGGUACAUGUACCUAGGCCCAAAACGUCAUACAGAGACCUAGGGGGACUGAGUUAAACCAUUUCUCAACCACAAAGAAGACCCAGAGGAAAUAAAAUUUUAAAAAGCUGCAGUGUUUAGGGAGGGGUCGGUAUGUUUACUUUUUAAAAACCUUACUUUUUCUGACACAGUUUUGAGAACUGGGCAUUAAAUUAGAAAUCUGUGUGGGUAUUGACUGAUAAACUGGAUCAGAUGUCAUGCUGUAUGACCUGCUCGGCCGACAUAUCCUUCUUUUUAAUUUUGACUUUUUUUUAGUUUUUUUGCACUUGUUGAAAUAGGGAAACGGCACUUUUAUUCUUUGAUUUGUUCAAGUCUUUGUCUUUGUGGAGUCUGCUGACCUCAUAUAGUUGCUAGUACAAGAGGAAACCCUUCAGCGAUUACGUUUGCUUUGCGUGAGCCAUAUUUGUGCGUCUCUGUUAAUUAUUAAUUUUGAUAUUUGCACAUUUUUAUUGUAUAAGCCUGUGAUCUGAAAAGCAAGCCGGUGUAUGGUGACUGUGUUACAUGUAGGCUAACUCCCCCUUUGGUCGCAGAAUGUAAUGACGCUUUGAAAAUCUGAGAGCAUGACUCGUGGAACAUUUUCUAGACUGAUCAAACAUUGUUUUGUUGAACCUAUUUAUUGCAAAUUUAAGUAGAGGAGGAAUAAAAUAAUUUAUUACUACCA